CGGUGCAUGCCGGGGGUGAGCAGGGGGCGGUGUCCUGGCCAUGGCCGGCCUGUCGGACCUGGAGCUGCGGCGGGAGCUGCAGGCCCUGGGCUUCCAACCAGGACCUAUCACUGAUACCACUCGGGACGUCUACCGUAACAAGCUGCGCCGCCUGCGGGGCGAAGUCCGACUGCGAGAGGAGGCCCGGCCGCGGGGCGAGGAGCGGUUGCGAGAGGAGGCCCGGCUGCGCGAGGAGCUUCUGCUCUGGGCCAGCCUGGGGCUGCUGUUCGUCUUCCUGGGCAUCCUCUGGGUGAAGAUGGGCAAGCCCUCAGCGCCACAGGAGGCGGAGGACAACAUGAAAUUAUUGCCAGUGGACUGUGAGAGAAAAACAGAUGAGUUCUGUCAGGCCAAGCAGAAGGCAGCCUUGCUGGAGCUGCUGCAUGAACUGUACAACUUCCUGGCCAUCCAAGCUGGUAAUUUUGAAUGUGGAAAUCCAGAGAAGCUAAAAAGUAAAUGCAUUCCUGUAAUGGAAGCCCAGGAAUAUAUAGCAAAUGUGACCGGCAGCUCCUUUGCCAAGUUUGAAGCCGCACUGACCUGGAUACUGAGCAGUAACAAGGACGUGGGCAUCUGGUUGAAAGGGGAAGACCCAUCUGAAUUAGUGACGACCGUGGACAAGGUGGUCUGCUUGGAAUCUGCCCGCCCCCGAAUGGGUGUGAGCUGCCGGCUGAGCCGUGCCCUGCUCACAGCCGUCACCCAUGUGCUCAUCUUCUUCUGGUGCUUGGCCUUUUUGUGGGGACUACUGAUCCUCCUGAAGUAUCGGUGGCGCAAGUUGGAAGAGGAGGAGCAGGCCAUGUAUGAGAUGGUGAAGAAGAUCAUAGAUGUUGUCCAGGACCAUUACGUGGACUGGGAGCAGGACAUGGAGCGUUACCCAUACGUGGGCAUCCUGCAUGUGCGUGAUACCCUGAUCCCUCCACAGAGCCGGAGGCGCAUGAAGCGGGUCUGGGACCGGGCUGUGGAGUUUCUGGCCUCUAACGAAUCCCGGAUCCAGACAGAGUCCCACCGCGUGGCUGGAGAAGAUAUGCUGGUGUGGAGAUGGACUAAGCCCUCUUCCUUCUCUGACUCUGAGCGAUAAACCCGGUUGGGGCCUGUUCCCAGUCACCCUGUCCCAGCCAGUCCCCUCAGGGGUUCGAGAGGGCCACCAGACCUGCCGGUGCUGAAUUCACACUUGCCUUGACUUUCACCUCCUCCUAACCCUGGUUCCAAAGGUCUCUAAGACUCUUGAGAGAUUAGCUCAGUAGGAAAGUGAGCUUUCUUGAAGGGCGGAGGAGAGAAGCCAGAGAAGCCAGGUGGGUAGCUUGUCUUCUGUAUUGGUCCAACCCCCUCUGCCCUGUUUUGCUGGCAGAAAGGGGAAGAAGAGUUUGUUUUUCACGAAUAGAAAAGAUUAAAGAGCAGCAGCUGUGAAAUCCUGCAGAGCAAGUGUGAGGUUGGUUGGGCUGGAGCUCUUCCACUGCCAGCAAGGAAUGCUCAGCAGGGAGGUAGCAUCUGCCUGUGGGAGGUGGGUCAGUAUGGAGGGCUGGGGCAGCAGGGGUUGGGGAGCAGCUUGUCCAUGUGCCUUCAAGGGAAUGUUACCUGGGAGCUCAAAGGUGAGGGGAGAAAGCCUGUCCUUCAUCCGGAUGAGGCCCCUUUUAUCCUGAAGGGAGAAGGUGCUAGAAAUUAGAACUAUAGGAGAAUUAACUAGAAAUGCCUGGCUCUGGCACUUAGGCCUUCAUAUCAGGAAAUGCAAAGCUGCUGGUGUAGCCUCCUGGGAAGAACCUGGAGUAGUCACAGGGCCUGAGAGCAGAGAGGAGUGCUGAGGCUGCCACCAGCCACCAUCUCCAUCCACAGCCUCAUUGAGGCAGCCUCCCAGGGGUGAACCUCUUCAGUGGUGCUUUUUGCAGAAGAGGUGGUUUUAGACCAGACCUGCGGCCAGGGCACUGCAUCUGGCUGAGAGUGCCAGAGUGCCGAUACCAGGACCUAGGGAGUCUCGCACUUCAAGUGUGGGACAUUACCUCGUUUACAGCGACCACAGCUUUCUGCUCCUGGCUGUUUAACCAGAACUUCCUGCACCUGAGUUUCUGUGUGCAGAUGAGGCGCGGUGGCUGCACUGCUGCCCCCUGCUGGCUUCUGGAGAGAGCCUGCUCUGCCUCAGACCUUCACAGCUCUGCCAGCUCCUCAGCUGGCCUGUGGGAAUGCUUAUUAAGUGCAGGAGCCUCUCCAACGGAGUCUCAUCCCCAUAUAGUCUGUAGCAGGCAGGAGAGGGGGCAAACGGGAGAUGCCACAGCUGCCUCCAAAAGGCAUUAGCCACCCCUUUCUGGUCUUACUGGUAUUUUUUUGUUUUCUUAAUAAAUUUCCCGUCUCCCUUAUUUGAGCAAUACUCUCUCAUUUCCUCUGAUGCUGGAAUCUGAGCACCUGCCCCAGGACAAAGAAAUGGUCUCAUAAUCAGGCUCCAGCCGGAGAAUAAGAAAUGCAACAGGCUUCACUAUCAGGGUUGAAACUUGGAUAAAUAAACGAUUUAUUAAAAAUGGA